UUCUACUGCUCAUGCCUUCACCGAGUUGUCUCAAUCAGCCCGACAUUCUGCUCCUCAUCUGUGAAGAACUACGGUCUUCGAGCUCUUAUGGUUCCUUGGCCGCCUUCGCGGCUGCAAAUUCUCUGAUCUGCGAUGUUGCGUUGGACGUGCUCUGGUCAAAACAAAAGUCGCUGGUCCCUCUCUUGAAAAUACUCGUAGACUAUCGAAUUGUACAGUGGGUCAGGCCACCGACGCUUAUAUUACAGGAAACCAUUGAUUCGGUGGCAUGGGCACGGAUGAAAAACUAUGCCGCGCGAAUAAAGGAGCUCGAGUUGCAAGCACGCUGCGGAGCGCUCUCCAUGAAAUGUCCCGAGUUAUCUCUGGAAGGCCACUUCGAGAUCGACAUUGAGCGGGCGACUCUCGAAAGGGUGUCAGUGCACGCAGAGCCGACGCCCAUCUUCCCUCGCCUCAAAGUCCUUGAUUGGACCAUGCCGGACCCCGCCCUUCUACCGCUCGUUCCCAUGUUAUUUUCCCCCUCGAUCUCCAAAGUCAAGAUACGCUCGAUGCAUUGCGCUUGGCUGGUCCGUCGCCUGUCGACGUUCUGCCCGCGCCUGACCGAGCUGAGCAUAUGGGGCAAUCUGCUGGAAAUCACAUUCCCCUUUUCCAAUAUCCUCACCGAUGCGCUGCGCCAAUUACAAUAUCUGGAGUCUGUCGAUAUUUCCACCAUGCGUCCCGACAUCCUCUUGCUCGUGGAUCAGUUACCGUCCUUGCGGUCGCUCGAAUUCACCCUCGGUAUACAAUUUACGACUUAUGUGGAUGGGAGGCCCCCGCCGUCGCGGCUUGCCUUGACGAGACACGUGCCACACGUUACUAUCAACUUGGAGAACCCGGUCAGCUUGGAUAGGUUCUUUCGCAUUGUGCAUCGUCCGCUGAAGAUCACGGCCUUCGACGUCCGUUGCCACGAGGACAGCAAUUGCGGGACUUUCGAUGCUCGCCAACAUAACUUGGAGGUCAUCGCGCGGUCCCUCGAUCCAGCAUACGUCCGGCAGAUCAUCUACUACCACGACUGCGACAUCGACCUGGAUUGGGGUCCCGUUCCCGCCAAAUCCCUCUUGCUGCUCACUCGACAUCCGCAUCUCACGUUCCUCGGCGUGGAUUGCUGGCUCGACGUCGGUGACGCGGAUCUCAUUGCGCUCGCGCGGGGACUUCCGCUGCUUGAGUUCCUUGUCCUGGACACGCAUGCUUCGCGGCUAGCGACGGGGCACCGCGACUACCUCGAUCUCGAGGCACGCAAUGUGCGCACGACGCUCGCGGUGCUGCCUGCCUUCGCGCACCACUGCCCGAAAUUGCGCGGCCUAUGCAUUCGGCUGCAGGCGGUGAAUGUGCCCCAACUUCCCACCAGCUCGGAUGAGGCACCUCGAGUGCAGCAUCCUGUGCGCCUGUAUUUCGCAGAGUCCCCCUUGGAAGAUCCAAACGCUGUGGCGCUCUUCCUCAAGCGGGUCUUCGUGCGAGGAUGUAGCAUCGCAUCUCGGCCUCUGCGGGAGGGUAUGCACAAACAACAUCUAGAUCACUUUUGGGAAGACGAUGGAGAUACCACGAAGGAAUGGCCGGUGGGAGAAUGGCUAGUUGUGCGUCGGAGGCUGUUGGAACUAGCCGAGGGCGAGGUUUGAGGUGCCAAGCUUCAGGUGUGGAUGCUGCUUACGUCGUAUAAAUUCACGAACUGACCGCUGGGACCUUCUGAGGAUGAUUUGUAGGCAGCGCCAAGGCUCAGGCUUGUCUACGGGCUGUUUCUGGCUUAGUUCAUGAAGUUCAACCGUAGGCACAUGAAAGUCUCGUGACACCCGGCCAAGUCACGUUGACCGACGUCGGGCUCGAACUUCUGGUCUAAAAGAGUGGAAGGCAACGCUGUUGGCUAGAAGGCGCCGCCUACACAUCAUGAGUAUACCUUCGUAGUACCUUGCCAGUAAGUAUUGAGCUUCGGAGUUCUAUGACCCUGCCCCAGCGCCA